AUGGUUCGGAAGGUCUUCUACACAUCAGCGACGCUGUGCGCGCUCGUAGUGAGCAGCAUGGCACAGGACACCACUAUCCACGUAUAUCCGGAGAGCUGCUCAGUUGAGCCCAGCACAGAGGUAAAUCCAAUCGGACAAUCAACAAAUCUGGGAACGCAAGAGCCGGGCACCUACACUGCGACAUUCUCAAUGACUACCAUAGGCGUUUCUGGAAGUGUGGCUCCUACAACCAAAUCGCCUGUGCCAUCACCAUCCCCUGUUGGCAUUGUCAGAGGACGGAUCGCCGUGGCCGAACCGCUUGGAUGCCUGCUGUCUUAUCCCAGGAUCGACUCGUAUCCUAUUGCCGGCCUUCCUGUCACAGUAUCAUCUCUUGAAGACUGCGCGGACCAUUGCGCGAGUGCCGCAGGCGUUGGAAAUCCAGUCGGCAGCUACAUGGGUGUACAGUCAGGAAAUCAAUGCUUCUGCGGGAAGUAUUUCGUUUCCGUAUCCUCGGGAACUUGCGAUCUUCCCUGCGAUCAAGAUGUCAAUGCGAUUUGCGGCGGUGAUGAUUCGAUGUCUAUCUACACUAUCAUCGAAUACUCCCCUGAAAGCACCGACACCACCACACAGACGAGCAGACCCCUCACAAUACCUGGAGGAGUGACAUCGCAGGCCGCUGGCGACACAGGUGGUACCAUACAAGGCGAGUUUGUCCUUACUGUCAACAUAAAUCCUGGCGGAAAAGUCAAGCGGGCUAUAUUAUACAUAAGCGAUGAUGGAUCUCUUACAAGCGAUCCUUUCGCGGCGGCCCGAUUCGAUGUGGUAGAUGGCAAGCUCUUCGCCGGGAGCCCGGUGUCUACGGACGCAGGGGACAGCUCACAAAUUUUUUAUGCAUCAGACGGGAUAGGCAGUAUCACCACCACGUUCUCCAUCGGCACUAACAACGAUCUGCGAUGGACAAACGAUGCGUUCUUUGGUGGCUCAGCCCGCUUCUGCGUCUUGAACAACCUCGUCUACGUGAACUUUCGAGAGCAGCUACCGCUUGGCUGCGUGCCAGUUGUGCCUGGAGCAGUCGACGUUGACUCUCUUCCGUCCUCAUCUGCAAGCUCAAGCAAUCCGGCGACUUCUCAGCAACCACCAAUCCCAUCAGUGCCUACGAGUAAACAGUCGUCCUCACAGCCUGCACAGGCGCUCGACAUCAAUGGCGAUUGUUACCCCUACGAGAUUCUUUGCGGGAAUGCAGUGGGUGGCGGUGGUUUGCUUGCCAACGCAACGUACGCUGAAAGCUUUCGUGACUGCAUCAGCGAGUGUACGCUCUACAAUGCUGCUAUACCUUUCAGAUGUAUCGCAGUCAGUUUCCAGAAAGUCGGCAUCGCUCCUGGAAGCGACAAUUGCUACCUCCUCACAUCCUUCACAGGCAAUACUUGCGACCCAAAUUUCGACUCCACGCGCUUGGUGUAUGGAGGAUAUUCUAGCCCGGUGGGAGGUGCAUGUGUGAGCUCGUCCACACAGUCCACCACCACCACUAGUAUAAGUCGAUCUACGCCCGGCACUGGCAUUAUAGUCGCAAGCAGCCAGAGUAGUCAACAGUUGUUAACUCCAUCGAUUAGUUCUUCCAGCUCGAGGCCGACUUCAAGCGGCAGUUCUAGCACGUCUAGUCUCGUCCAAAGCACCUUUACGUCAUCCAGAACUUCCGUCACCAGCAGUCCCACAAGCUCCACAACAAGUCAAAGCACCACCACCACCACCACCACCACCACCACCACCACCACCACCACAACAACAGCAGGGCCGACCACGAGUUCAGCAGCACAAGCCGGCGUGACCACGGGCACACCAACAACUCCAACAUCAACCUCGAGUACCUCACCCUGUCCAAGCCCUCCAUCCACUAGUUUUGCCGGUGACGGCUUCGAUACGAACCUAGAGUGCUAUCCCGGACAACCACAAGGCCCAGUCUGCUACGGUUAUGCGUUUGAUUACGAUCCUGGAAAGCCAGGCUUCGAAUACAACGGAACCAAGAACUACGAAAUCGAGUGUAUGACCGAGUUCCGAGUCAACCAAGGUGUUGCAGCGCAAAUAUUCGUUAGCGACCUGAGGCAGUGCAUCGGCGAAUGCGACCGGUCAAAUCGCGAGAACCCGGGGUCGCUUGUGUGCGCGGGCGUCACCUUCUAUGCGAACAUUUCGAUCACAGACGGUAACAAUUGUUACAGCUUUCCAAGAAUCGAUUGUGCUUCAAGAACCUCCGCCAAUUAUACCCAGUCUGCACGCCUGCUCUAUCCGGGGUAUCCAAACAUGGUCGAUUACAACCCCAACUUCAAUUGUCCGCAGUAA